GCCACUAUGUGUACACGCUGUUUACGCAACGUCGGGAAACUCUGAGAAGUUUUUAUAUUUUUUUUUACCCCUUCCCUAUUUAUUUACCCUUUCGACAGCGAUGUUGAUUUUUGUGUUACCUGUGUGUUGACUGAAAGAUUAUUUGUACCAUUGAAUCCUGAUAAGACUGGAAGGCUGGAUUUACCUGUGAUAAAUUAGGAAGUGUUUUCUGUCCACGAACUCUCGAUAUGGCUACCUUACAGAAAUUCCGAUCAACCAGCGAUGAUCUCUCUCCGUCAACGAUCAACGUCAACUUCUUUGACGACAACAACCGAACGUCACCGGCGGGGCUCCGAAGCAGCAGCUUCACGUACGAGAAAUCCAACGGAGCGCUCAACGAAGAUCCGGAAUUCCCUGCCGCUAGGGUUCCGGGAAAAGCCGAACCGAUCGUUGCCGAACCAAGCGGCUUUUGGAAAAAGCUGAGGACUCGGGAAGCGAUAUUAAUUAUUCUUGGUUGUGUUCUUCUUAUUGGAUUAGCUGUUGGGACAGCAUGUGCUAUCAUUUUUACUCAAACAGAUUCAUCAUCAUCACCAACAGAGGCAACAUCCAGUAUACCUCCGUCCACAUCAUCAUCAUCAUCUGCGUCAUCAUCAAGUAUAUCAACAUCAUCACCAUCACCCUAUUUAAUUUAUAAUGGCGAUUUAAACCUGACCAGGUUGUGGAAAGGCUCACUGCAGGAGCUGAACUCCAAUUUUUCAAAGGACAUGCGAAAUAUUGUAUAUAAUACAUCAUUAGAAAAAUCAUAUUCCUCAUCCAAAGUUACUGACUACAAGUAUGACAAGAUGUACGUAGCGUUUUCCCUGUCUUUCACGUCUAAGCUGUUAGAAAUCCCGCUAACCACCACGAGAUCAAUGGCAUUAAACGCUGCAUAUGCUAUCAUCAUCGAAAACCUCUUCAGAGAGCAGGUGGCCAGGGGAAAGUCCUCGCUUCCCAUACAGCCAGAAACCAUCCACAUCUUUGAUUACAUUCCACUUACAUCAACAUCAGCCUCCACAUCGUCAUCUACAUCAACGUCGACCACAACAUCACCGACAACAACACCAUCAUCAGCUAAGUGCUAUCCUUUGAAGUAUGAGCGGUGUCGGUCGGUGGGCUACAACAUGACGUAUUUCCCCAACAAGUUUGGCGACCGGAACGAGGCGGCCGCGAUCCCGCUAUUUGAGGCUCUCAACAACAAAACACUGGGCUCCAACUGUUCGGCCGUCAGUCUGUUCUACCUGUGUGGGAUCUGGUUCCCCGAGUGUGACGAGAACUUCAGUCCCGCCGAGCCGUGCCCCGACGUCUGUGAGGAAUUUAAUGCCGACUGUAAAGGUGAUUUGUUGUAUUCCGUGGAAUGUGAUCACUUCAACAAGCCAAACUGCCAGAGACCGUCACCAACUACCACGGUAUCGACCACCGUUCCAACCACAACACCACCGACAUAUACGUGUUCGAAUCUCGACUACAGAAUGUGCAAUCAACUGGGCUUCAACUACACAUACUUGCCGAACUAUGGUGGGAACCGGAAACUGAGUGAUGCAAUCAAGGAACUAGAGUCAUACUCCGAUAGCGUCGUCCACGCCAACUGUUCGAAGCUGACUGAAUUCUACUUCUGUGGUAUUUAUUUUCCUACAUGUGGACCAGAGGACCAGCGGUUGCUUCCUUGCAGGAAUGUUUGCCAAACACUGGAUGCCCAGUGUGGAUUGAACGUGUCACUCUUUUUCUGUGACACCUUCCCCCAGGACAACUGCUUGGUCCCUCCACCAGAUCUGCUGCCAACGUCGCCACCGCCAACUACGACUGUUACAACACCGUCUACCACAACUGCAGAGCCAAAGCCAUGUGUGGAGCUGAACUUCCUGACGUGCAGAAAUCUGGGCUACAACUCGACUCGCUACCCAAACAUGUUCGGCAGUCGCGGGGAACAAGAGGCCAUAACGAUGUUCAAUUACUACGCCGCGCUCAGCCUCAAGGUCGGGUGUUCAGACAAGGGUCUGGAAUUCUUCUGCAGUCUUCUGUUCCCCAAGUGUGACGAGACGUCGUCCCCUAGGGUCAAGUACCCAUGUAUGGAUUUCUGUGAAGAGGUCACCACAUCUUGCAAAAAAUUUCUAACCUUUCCUAUUGACUGUAGUCUAUUCUUCAACGACACCAGCAUGUGCCGUCAAUCAACCGCAACCACGACACCAGCGCCAACCACACCCAAACCAGCGCAGUGUAUUCAGACGACGUACGACUACUGCAGCUCCGAGGGCUACAACUCGACUUACCUUCCCACCUGGUUUGCGACGUCCAUGACGGGCUCUGUGAAUAUGUUCAACCGGUACGCCCUGUCAACCAUCAACAACGGUUGUUCGAGCAUCGCAAAAUUCUUCUACUGCGGGGUGUUUUUCCCGCAGUGCAAUCCCGACGAACUCACCGUGAGGUUGCCGUGCCGAAGCGUUUGCGAGGAAAUGUCUGACCAGUGUGGCAGUGUGUGGUCGUUUCCGUUAGACUGUUUGGCUUUCACUGACAACACCUCUAAUUGCCUGAUGCCACCUGUAACCACGACAACCCCAUCUCCCACAACGCCAUCAAAGCCAGCGCGAUGCGAGCCACUUGACAAGGACCUCUGCAAGACGUUUGGGUUCAACGUGACCCACUUACCAAACCUAUGGCUGGCCAACUCGCAGGACCAGGCCCUGAACAUGUAUUACGCGUACGGCGAGAAGUCCGUGUCUCUCGGUUGCCACGAGGACGCCCUCUUCUACCUGUGCAGUGUGAUCUUCCCGCAGUGUGACGACCGCGGGAACCUGCACCUGUCCUGUAGAGACGUCUGUCAGAAUGUCAAUGCUAAAUGUUUGAAGACCGGACUGUUUGGUCAGAACUGUGACCGGGUGUCUUCCACCAGCCCCAGCUGUUUGUCACCGCCUAUUAAACCAGUCUGCAAGAUAGGAGAAUUUGCCUGUUUCGGAACGCCGAAGUGCAUACCUGAGGAAAAGGUCUGUGACAGGACUAAUGACUGCUUUGACUGGAGCGAUGAGAGAAAUUGCACUUGUAUUAAGAAGUAUGAGUUCCAGUGUGGAAUGGGUCACUGUAUAAAAUCCUACCAGCGAUGUGAUGAGGUAGUGGACUGCCCUGACCGAACUGAUGAAGAAAACUGCACGUGUCCCAGUGGCCAGUUCACCUGUGCGGAGAAUGAAUGCAUUAUGCCUGAGUGGGUGUGUGACGGACAGAAGGACUGCUCGAAUGGAAUCGAUGAACUUAACUGUGGUGUGUGUAACAUCUCAGAGUUCUCAUGCCUGAGUGGAGAGUGCAUUCCCUUGACUCGGCAGUGUGAUGGGACGCCACAGUGCCCGGACCAGUCAGACGAGAGACAGUGCAUAUUUGCACCUGAAGGAAACAACCCGCUCACACUGAGAUUUUACAAACAAGGACUGGUCCCUGUCUGUGCUGCUUAUUUCAACUCCAGUCUGGCAGACCUGGCAUGCCAGAAACUAGGACACAAAGGUCACUACAACUGGACAACUGUCAACUAUUCCACCUUCAUAUACGCAUACCCAGACGGCAUCGGAACCGAGACUACUGUACUGGGCAGAGCUACUCUCAGGCGUGCGUGUUUGAACUCGAGAGCUGUUGUUUUAAACUGUGUUCCAAAAGAAUGUGGGACACGGAAGUCUCACAUGAUUUCUUUCAUCGUCAAUGGCAACAAUGCAGCGAAGGGGGCGUGGCCAUGGCAGGUGUCGAUCCAGCGUGUGCGUAAACACUACUGCGGCGGCUCUCUCAUCAGUGACAAGUUUGUCAUCACAGCAGCACACUGUGUAGAGGCUUACCGGCUGGAUUUCCGCUACAUCGAGGUUGUGGUGGGCGCGACUGACAUCUCCAAGAAGGAGAAGUACCAGCGACGGAUAAAGAUAAAGCGGUUGACGAUCCACAACCACAUCUACCACGUGAAGAACGACGUUGCCCUCAUUGAGCUCGCGGAGCCGGUUGUCUUCAACGACUACGUCAGACCCGUCUGUCUCCCUGACGACCGCGACGUCUUCUCCAGGAGCAGUCAGUGCUAUGCCACGGGUUGGGGACGGACUGUCAGUUUCGAAGGUCCGAAGCCGGCUUGGCUGCAGGAGGCGAAGAUGAGUCUGUGGAACACAGAGAAGUGCAACAGUUCACUGGCAUGGAACAGUCGAAUCAGUGACACCCACGUGUGUGCCGGCUACUACUCCGGUAUCAUCAGUCCCUGCCUGGGUGACAGCGGAGGCCCGUUGGUUUGUCUGACCAAUGAGAACACGUGGAAGUUACGAGGCGUCACGAGUUUUGUCUCCAAGAAGUGCAAGCAGCCGGGUCGCCCGGCUGUGUUCAGUGACGUCAUCGUCUUUAAAGACUGGAUACUGGAGAACACAAGAUGUAAAUUUAAGUGUUCUAAUGGCAUUUGUUUAUAUGACGACAAGUUGCUAUGCAACAGAAAGGAUGACUGCGGUGAUAACAGUGAUGAAAUAUUGCCUUGCAAUUUGUCGGUGAACUGCACGUUUGACGACCCCUUCCUGUGUGGCUACUACGUCCAGUUCCGAAACCUGGCCGUGACUGACUUCAACAACCACUACCCACUGUACGACCACACCCACGGAAACUACCGAGGGAAGUUCAUGACAGCACGAAGCAGUGGCAGGAUCAUGACCUCCCCCGUCUAUAAAAUGAACGUGACCCACUGCCUGCGUUUUUUCUACCACCUUCGUGGGCGUCUGGGCCACGGUCUACAGGUGUGGAGUCACGAGAUGCUCAAGAACAAGUGGGACGCCAUCUUCCAGCGGGGCAACACAGUUGCCCCGGACCGAUGGUUCAUGGGGGAUGUGACCUUCAACCCCGGGGAGUACGAGAUUGUCUUCAUGGCCAACGACGAGGCUCGGAUUUCCAUUGACGAUGUGUCGGUCGUCCCCGGAGACUGCGAGCAUACUGACUGCCCACCUGGAGAGUUCACCUGCCCGUUUGGAUCAUCGCUGCGGUGUAUUCCGACCGCAGCGAGGUGUAACUUCAUAGCCGACUGCGACAAUGCCGAAGAUGAGCUACAGUGCCAGGCAUCGGAGUACACCUGCGACUUUGAGAACAAUCUCCUGUGUGGAUUCGAGCAGCACACGGAUGAUGACGCCCUGGCCGAAUGGCGGGUCGGUAACUCGUCUAUAACUCCGAAGAAGAUGGCAGACAACACCUUCAAAAAUGAAUCAGGAAGCAUGCUGUUUUUGGACACGCGACGAGUACUGGAAGGUCAGAUUGUACAGAUGAGUCAGAAUGUCUUCUUCACCAAUAGCAUCAACUGUCUCAAGUUUCACUACUUCUCGGACGCCAGUGGUAAACUGCAGAUCCAGUACACCAAAAAUGGAUCUUCAAACACGGUGGUCAUCUGGACCAUGGUUGACCGACUGACCCAUGGCUGGACUCACACACAGGUGAACAUCGGAGUCUCGGGAAGGGUUACACUGGACUAUGUGAUGACCAGCGGUCAGUACAAAGGAACCUACAGACCAUUCAUAGCCCUAGACGAUGUCCAGAUAUCCGGUGGUGCUUGCGGAGCAUUCACCUGUCCGUCUGGUUCGAUGCGGUGUGUCUCAGAAAACUACUGCCUCAAGUCCGACCGGUUCUGUGACCGUAUCGUCGACUGUACUGACGCCAGUGACGAGGCAGGAUGCAAAUGUACCGAAGACGAGUUUAAAUGUCCCGAUGGUCCGUGCAUUCCCAAGUCGAAGACGUGCGACCGAACUGUCGACUGUAAAGACGGAAGUGACGAAUCAGCAGUUUGUGACUCGAAAGUGGGCGUGUCGUGCGACUUCGAAGACAGUUUUGUGUGCGGCUACAACAUCAACACUACCACGUACAAGUGGGAGAGACAUUCGGGGCCGACGGACACCCCAAACACAGGACCCAAGAAAGACAACACAUACGGAACUUCAUCAGGUCACUACAUCUACGCUGACGGCACAUACGGCAAGUACAGUGCCACAUCGGCCCUGGAGACGCCAUCCUUCUCGACAACAUCUGCGGCGGGUGGAUCGGCGGUGGAGUUCUCCUACAACAUCUUCAGUGCGUUCUAUCGGUUUUAUGACAAACUUGGCUCCCUGACGAUCGUCGUCGUGGACAACGUGAGGGUCACCAGGACGGAGGUGUUCACAGCUGACGCAGACGGGGACACAAGCUGGAAGAGGAGGUGUGUCAACCUCCCAACCUCCGCUAACCUCACGCUGGUGUUUGUGGCUCAGAGGGGAGACGAAAAUCAGGCCGAUGUUGCCCUGGACGAUGUGAAGCUGUUGACGACGAGAUGUCCCAUUGAUGCUACAUCUCCAACAACAACCACAGAUUCUUCUCUUGGAAUUCUCGAAACAACAACAUCUGUUGGAGGUUGUCCUCCUGGCAAGAAGCCAUGUGACAGUGGGCUGUGUCUCGACCAAAGUUUGUUUUGUGACAACAUCCAAGACUGCCCGAAUGGAAGCGAUGAAAGAGGCUGUCCAUGAAGAACCACUCGUGAGGAAUUCAAUUGGGAACCACACAUCUAAAUGAGUUUUACAUUUAAUAUGUAAAGUGUCACAAAAACAAAAACCUAUCUGGAACCACUCGUGGGGAAUGUGUUUUACAUUUAAUAUGUAAAGUGUUACAAAUGAAACCUAUAUUCACAUCGGAAAUGUGCUUUACAUUUAAUAUGUAAAGUGUCUUACAAAUGAAACCUAUAUCCACAUCGGAAAUGUGUCACAUUUAAUAGUGCCACACAAACAGCCAAAACCCAUUCACAUCGGAAAUGUGUUUUACAUUUAAUAUACACAGUGUCACACAAACCACCAAAACUUAUCCACAUUGGAAAUGUGUUUUACAUUUAAUAUGUAAAGUGUCACCCAAAUUUAAAAUCUAUCCACAUCGGAAAUGUGUUUGACAUUUAAUAUACACAGUGUUACACAAACAACCAAAACCUAUAGGGAAUCACAUAUCAGAAAUGUGUUUUACAUUUAAUAUGUAAAGUAUUACACAAACCACAUAUUAGGAAUGUGUUUUACAUUUAAUAUACAGUUACACAAACCAAAACCUAUCCACAUCAGAAAUGUGUUUUACAUUUAGUAUUUACACAGACAUGAAAAAAAAUGUGGUUUUACAUUCAAUAUGUAAAGUGUUACACAAACCAAAACCUAUCGGGACCCACACAUUAGAAAUGUGUUGUACAUUUAAUAUGUAAGAUGCUAUACAAACCAAAACAGAUCAGGAACCGCACAUCAGAAAUGUGUUUUAGAUUUAAUAUGUUAAGUGCUAUACAAACAAAUACCUAUCGGGAACUGCACUUCAGAAAUGUGUUUUUACCUUUAAUAUGUAAAGUGCCACACAAACCAAAAUCUCUCCACAUCGGAAAUGUGUUUUACAUUUAAUAUGUAAAGUGUUACACAAACCAAAAGCUAUUGGGACCCAUACAUUAUAAAUGUUUUUUUACAUUCAGUAUGUAAAGAGGCACACAAACCAAAAGCUGUUGGGACCCAUACAUUAGAAAUGUGUUUUUACAUUCAGUAUGUAAAGAGGCACACAAACCAAAACCUGUUGGCACCCAUACAUUAGAAAUGUGUUUUUACAUUCAGUAUGUAAAGAGGCACACAAACCAUAUAAUUCAUACACAUCUGUUUCUAUGACGCUUCAUUUGAGAUGUCUCGGAGACAUCCAACAGAUGCUACCAAGAUAUAAACCUCAGUCCGAAAACCACACAAACAGAAAAAUGUUUUUGCAUUUGAUAAUGAAAUUUUGAAUACAAAUUGUCAGGAUGAAAACUAAUAUCUAUAUACUGUAUAAAAAUUCCAAAAACCUGGGCCCCGUUCCACGAAGCGAUCUUAGACCUAAGAUCACUGUAACUGCACAGCUAACAUAUGCACUUAAGGUGACCUUUAAUGCUAAGAUCGCUUUGUGAAAUGGAGCUCUGUUCAGUAUUUCGAUUACAGUUAAGGUACAAUGUUUUGGAUGAAGUUAUAACAUAGGCCUACACAUCUGACCCCCCCCCCCCCCCCCCCCCCCCCCACC